GGUGGAAUAGCUUAUGAGAAGAGAGACAUCUGACAGGAAUUCGUCGGUGGCAGUAAUUGGCCUGUGAAAAAAACAACUGUCUUACCACAAAAGGCGUGAGAACUAUCAACUGAAAUGCGGCGUGCAGCGUCUCUACCGCCGUCAUCGAGACAAAAAUCGCGCGGAGCUACUCGAAGCGUGGUCAGUUUGUCAACUGUUAGUGGAUCACGACAUAAACCGGAGCUAUUGCCAAGUCGAAACAACAGUGACGUAAUUUCUGAAACCUCUAUACCGUAUCGCCUUCCCAAGCUCUCGCAACCUAACUCUGUUGCAGGCCGUUCGGAGGUUCAGGUGCUUGAUGGAAAAAACAAGAUCUGGAGUCGUUUUGGAUACCAAGAUGAUGAAAGUGCGAGGUCACCUCCUAAAGACCCUCUUGUCUGGAAAAUUUACGUUCCACCCAAGUCUUUUGUGCAACAGAUGAGGCAGACAAAUCUGGCAGCUCCGCAUUUUCGUGACGCUGUCAUAGCUCCAUCAAAAUCUCACGACUUUGAGGAUUUGUUAUAUUACAGAAGGUUGUUACAAGAGAAAUCUCAGAAUGCUGUGCAGGAUGCCUGUCCUGCACCCCCAGUCACGAGGACCCCGUCACCGAGUAAAUCCGCUCGCAGUUUGCGCUGGACUCUCGGGCCUCAUACACAUUCAAGCUUUGAUAAGAAGGGGCGUAGCAGAGUUCAGGGCCCUUACUCAAGAGAGUUUACUGUUACAUGUAUGCCUCCGACAAAUUGGCUGAAAAUGAAACUGGGACGACUCCCUACGCGACCUUUUAUAAAGGUUUAAGAGUUGUAGAGGUCAAAAUCCUUGAACAGCUUUAGUGUCUAAUUUAAGACUGGGUACGGUUUUUAUACAUUUAUUUACAUUUUCUCUUUUUCAGGCUAUUUUUGUAGUCCUCUGAUUUGUAUUACAAUGUACAAAAUGGCAGUCCAUCCCACAAGCAGGGCUGGUGGUAUAAUUCAGCCAAUGCUGUUUUAUAGCCCCUUUUGAUGAGAUUUUCCGUACGUUUUGGGUACUUGAUUUGUCAGUGACCAGUGAGGUCACAGGUUCAAACCCGUCACUUGCCUUUCCAGCUUCAGAUAUAAAUCCAUAAGCCUGAGUUACUAAGGUGUAAUAAGUUAAAAGUGUUUUUGACACCAUUCAAAUAACUAAAUAAAGAACUAUCCUAAUUCCUCAAAUGAAAGCAGCAACUUUCAGUGCAAUUUUUGCAUAUUUUUAAUUUUAUUUUGGAGAUAAAAGUACAUUGCUUGGAUUGGCCAGUUUCAGGGCUUCACAAAAAGCAUUUUAUUUUAUCAGU